AGCGCCUUCCCCUGCCUUCGCCUCUCCUCUCUCUGUCUCUCUUUCUAUGCAUUAAUCUUCUCAGCCCCUUGGCCAUGCAGCGAUACAGUUUACUUUCCAACUAAGCGCCUUUCCAUAAACGCUGCAACCAAAACAUGCCAUGUCUCCAGAGAAACUGGCUUGUAAAUGCCUCCUUGUGGGUCCACUUCUUUAAUAUCCUGGCGUUGUGCUCUGGUAGAAAUCCUCCACCGGGCCGUUUUUUCUUCCCUGACAAGAGGCAAGAUCAUUUUAUCAAAACGCUUCAGGAAUACCAAGUGGUCAGUCCGGCAAAAGUCGAUCCAGAUGGUCAUUUUCUCUCUUACAGUUUAUGUCACCAUAUCUCAAAUGCUAGACGGAAAAGAGACCUGAGGCAAAAGGACAACGAAGUGUACUACAAAAUUAAGCACAAAGAAAAGGAUCUCUUUUUUAACUUGACUCUCAAUCAAGGAAUAUUGUCCAGUCACUAUAUUCUAGAAAGGAGAUAUGGGAACUACAGUAGAGCAAAGAUUGUGCCACAUACUGGAACAUCAUGUCACUUCACUGGGACAGUUCUGCAGUCAGACGCAAGAAAUGGGACCGCGCUGAUCAGCACAUGCCGUGGGCUAACUGGAUUCUUCCAUUUGCCCGAUGGAGAUUACUUCAUUGAACCAGUAAAGCAAUAUCAUUCUGAAGAAGGGACUUCUCAGCCACAUAUUAUCUACAGGACAGACCUCAUUCAAAAGUCUUUACGGGAACGACGGGACACCUGGGAGAAGCACAAACAGACUUGUGGAGUGGACGAAACUUUAAGCUUCUUCAAACGGCAAGAACUUCGAAGGGAGAAUUGGGAAAGAAACCGCAUGACAACCAAAGCAACCUCCCGGCGCUCUGUCAGCAAAGAACGAUGGGUAGAGACGCUGGUGGUUGCCGACAGCAAGAUGAUUGAAUACCACGGAAGUGAGAAUGUGGAAUCAUAUAUUCUCACUAUCAUAAACAUGGUGUCUGGCUUAUUCCAUGAUCCAAGCAUUGGCAACGCAGUCCAUAUUGUGCUGGUUCGCCUUAUUCUUCUUGAGGAAGAGGAGCAAGGACUGAAAAUUGUUCAUCAUGCAGAUAAGACACUAGCCAGCUUUUGCAAAUGGCAGAAGAACAUCAAUCCGAAAAGUGAUGCUAAUGCGCUACAUCACGACGUGGCUGUUCUUCUGACCAGAAAAGACAUCUGCGCUGGCAUGAACCAUCCAUGUGAGACCUUAGGCUUGUCGCAUCUAUCUGGAAUGUGCCAACCUCACCGGAGCUGCAAUAUCAAUGAAGACUCCGGCUUACCCUUGGCCUUCACGAUUGCCCAUGAACUUGGACACAGUUUUGGUAUGCAGCAUGAUGGAAAGGAGAAUGAUUGUGAGUCCGUGGGGAGACGCCCCUACAUCAUGUCCCGGCAGCUACAGUAUGACCCUUCUCCACUCACUUGGUCACGAUGCAGCAGAGAAUAUAUUACACGGUUCCUCGACCGAGGAUGGGGCUUCUGUCUGGAUGACGUUCCAAAGAAGAAAGACCUAAAGCCGCCAUUCAUUGCUCCUGGUGUGAUCUACGAUGUGCACCAUCAGUGCCAGCUGCAGUAUGGACCCAAUGCAACGUUCUGCGAUCAAGUAGAUAACAUUUGCCAGACACUUUGGUGUGCCGUGAAAGGCUCUUGCAGGUCCAAACUGGAUGCUGCAGCAGAUGGAACAAGAUGUGGAGAAAAUAAGUGGUGCUUCUCAGGUGAGUGCAUAACCGUGGGCAAGAGCCCGGAAGCAGUUAACGGUGCGUGGGGAUCGUGGUCAGCGUGGUCACAUUGUACACGGACCUGUGGGGCUGGCAUCCAGACUGCUGAAAGACAAUGCAAUAACCCAGAGCCACAGUUUGGAGGGAAGUAUUGCACAGGAGAGAGGAAGCGCUAUCACAUGUGUAACAUCAAGCCAUGCCCCAAGUCUACCCCAAACUUUCGUCAAAUGCAAUGCAGCGAGUUCGACACAGUCGCCUACAAAAAUGAAUUCUAUCGGUGGAUUCCAAUUUAUAACACAGAUAACCCUUGUGAGCUACAUUGCCGCCCUGCCAAUUACCACUUCUCGGAGAAAAUGCUGGAUGCCGUUAUCGAUGGUACUCCUUGCUUUGAAGGAAACAACAGCAGAAACGUCUGUGUUAAUGGCAUGUGUCAGAGUGUGGGCUGUGAUUAUGAGAUAAAUUCCAACGCGACGGAAGAUCGAUGUGGCGUUUGCCUGGGAGAUGGGGCUUCCUGCCAGACAGUGACAAUAACAUUCAAUCAAAGCGAAGGAUUAGGAUAUGUCAAUAUCGGCCUGAUUCCAAAAGGUGCAAGAAACAUCAGAGUGGUAGAAGUAGCUGAAGCAGGAAAUUUCCUUGCAUUGCGAAGUAAGGAUCCAGAAAAGUACUAUCUGAAUGGAGGGUUCAUUAUUCAGUGGAACGGAGACUACAAAGUAGCAGGAACAAUAUUUCAAUAUGACAGGAAAGGAGACCUGGAAAACCUCACUGCAGCUGGACCCACAAAUGAAUCGUUGUGGCUACAGCUCCUUUUUCAGGAGAACAACCCUGGAAUAAAAUACGAAUAUACUGUCCGUAAAGGCUGGAACUCUGAGAAUGAAGUGGAGGAGCCAGAAUAUUUUUGGCAAUAUGGCAGCUGGACGGGUUGCAGUGUUACAUGUGGGAAGGGUUUCCAACGACAAACUGCCCGCUGUGUGAAAAAGGGGCAAGGUGUGGUGAAAAACUUAUUUUGUGAUCCAGACACUCAGCCUAAUGGAAAGCAAAAGAAAUGCAUUGAAAAGGACUGCCCCCCAAGGUGGUGGGCUGGAGAAUGGCAGAAGUGUUCAACCACCUGCGGCCCAAUGGGGGAGAAGAAGAGAACGGUCCUCUGCAUCCAGACAGUGGGGCUUGAUGAGCAGGCGUUGCCUGCAGAGGACUGCCAUCAUCUUCUCAAGCCAAAGACGCACCUUUCAUGCAACAGAGAUGUCCUGUGCCCAUCUGAUUGGACAGUAAGCAACUGGACUGAGUGUACGGUGACUUGUGGAGGAGGCAUACGUACCCGUAGUGUGACUUGUACAAAAAACAAUGGGGAACCGUGCAACAUUUCAAAGAAGCCCCACUCUAAAGCUCUGUGUGGGCUACAGCAGUGCUUGUCCAUUAGAAGACUACAGAAACCCCAUUACAGAGUGCCUGGUGGAAAGAUCAUCCGAACGGGAGCAAAUCCCAGAAGAGGCCCCAUGGACAAGUUACCCAUCCCGAAACCCAGCCCAAGAGGCAUGGCGCCAACAGUUCCUGAGCCCAGUUAUGUUACUUUGGUGCCCACAUCCCUGAGCCAUACAAACUUUUCUCAGGAUGAGGACUCAAAAGCAAAAAUUUUGCAAAGUAAUUCCACUGUUCCCAAUAAUUAUUCUUUUUUAUUUAGUGGUAGCAGUCAACGGCAAAAUAGCACUCCUUGGCCUGUCUUAAAUCAUUCAAGUGUUCCAAAGUUUAAAAAUCUAGAGAAUGAAUCCAUGGGUCCAUUGAACUCCUCAGACGUUGGCAUCAUAAACUGGGCUUUGUUUACUGUUAGCCCGGUGCCUUCGACUGUAACACCAAGCUAUAAUUAUUUAACAGAAGUAUCUAAUACAGGAUCUGAUAAGACUGAUGGAAGAGCAAUAGGCAAUCCCCAAAGUAAACUUUUGACAAGCGAGCCCCCUACUUUGGCCAGCAGGACCUCAGAAAUCUCGACAACAGUCUACUAUCAUAAUAUAUCUACGCAGGUUUCCAUUAACCCCUUAUCAGCAGAAAGUAACUUUUUGACCACAGUAGGUCUCCAAGAGUUCCAUGCGCAAAUAAGCACACCUUCAACAGCAGGUCCUGUUAUGAUACAACCACUACAGUCAAAUGAAACAUCAGAAGGCGGCUCUUCAAACAGAACAGAAUUGAAGCCACCUGGAGCCAAUGAAACACUGACUCAAGCCACAGAAAGUCCAUUGUUGGGGGUCAAGAAUGAAACUUCCAAGGAAAGGUUGCUGGAUGUCUCUGACUCUCCAGAAGAGCCCAUGAAAUUGGAUCCUGAUGCUUAUUGGAUGGUGGGGAAUUGGACUGAAUGUUCCACCACAUGUGGAGUGGGGGCUUUUUGGAGGGCUGUGGAGUGCAGCACCAAGAAUGAAUCCGACUGCCAACAUGUUACGAAACCCGAUCCGGCCCGACGAUGCUACCUCCCGCCCUGUGCCCAGUGGAAAGCUGGAGAAUGGAGCAAAUGCUCCUCUAGCUGUGGAGGUGGCUUCAAGACCCGGAGUCCUGAGGUCAUUUUAUUGCUAGGGUUAAAGGACGCAAGCCACUGGCUGAACACUAGCCUGCAACACGAGCCCUGUUCUGGACGGUGGCGCCAAGCUGCCUGGAAUGAGUGCUCAGCUUCAUGUGGAGGAGGCGUUCAGCAGAGAGCAGUGCAGUGCGUCAGUGUGGAACACGACACACGUGUGGACAGGAGCAUGUGUGAACAUCACUCCAAGCCUCCAGAUUCCCAGAAGUGCAACCUGGAAGAGUGCUUGGAAACUACAGGUUUCCCUUGCAGUAAAGACAAACUAUCGUUGACUUUCUGCGAGAGAUUGAGGGAUCUCGGCAAAUGUUCCACACUGUCUGUCAAAAACCAGUGCUGUGCCACUUGCCAGAGAUCCUGGGCUGUUGGCAAAGAGGGACCUCGGAGCUCAGAGUCGCUUGCACCUUAAACCAUGACGUUGAGAACUAGGGUUGCUAAAUCAGAUUUCAAAACUAAAGAAUACUGCAGCUUUCUGGUCUGUGGAACCCUCAUGAACUGGCCGUCAGCCUUUCGAAGGCCAGAAUACAUCCCUACCGUUAAUCUAUAUUUGCAACAUAGAGCUGACUUAAAAUUUUGUAUUUUUUGUUUGAUACUCUUUUUUACCUUUCCUAUAUCUGUCUGCUCCUCACCUUUUUCCUGCCCACUUGUUCUGUUCCCCAGGCAAACUAAUAACAGGAGCCUUGUGCUUAGCCAGGACAGACUGUAAGACCCAUAGGCCAAUCAGCAUCAGUUAAAAAAAGGGGAGUUUAAUUGUAUUGAAAAUUUAGGACUCUAACUCCUCCCAUGAAGUCUGACUAACAAGAAAUAUGUGAUCCUGGAAACAAUUGGAGAUUGAAACCACUUGAAGAGCUUGCAGGCACCCAUUCUUUCUUGAUCGCUUCUAAGAAAGUCUGCUCUGCUUGUGCCUCUUCUGAGUUCUCCUGGUGUCCUCUAUCUGGACUCUGAUUUCUUGCAAUCUUUUGGAACUUGGUAACUCAAAAUGCUUUGGGUCUCUAAUAUCUUAUACAUCUGGGAUAUUGCUGCCUUCAGGCUUCUAUAGGCACCUGAGACCAGUGGUGUAUUUGCCUAGGGAUGAGGGGUACCCUCUGUCCAUGGGCGCCACUAACCAGGUCACGUGGUGCCCCCCCCCAUGUGACCAGGAAGAUGGCAAGGCAGCAGGAAGUCCUGCUGCCUCGUUGUCUUUGGGCACUUCACUCCUGCACUCCAUGUCAGCUAUCGACAUGGGCAGUCUUGAGAUCCGCAGUUGCUACCUCCUCCUCCCUCAGCUCC